AAUCCUCCAUUGCAAACCCUUUUUGCUACUCUUUUCGCUUCAGUAAUCGAGCAGCAUCAAACAAUACCAGAGCAUAUUCAUCAUCUACCGGAAGACGAAUUUGGCAAACUGCAUAAUUCAAUUUAUCGGCCUGUUUUUAGGUAAAUAGAACUGUUGUUCAGCUGAAUUUGAAGCAAAAUACCAAUGGAAUGCGUGGUUCAAGGAAUUAUAGAAACUCAGCAUGUUGAAGCCCUUGAGAUUCUUCUUCUAGGUCUUUGUGGUGUUCACAGGGUACGCUUAAGGGUUCAUGAAUUAUGCCUAAAAAGCGGCCCCAACCUAGGUUCCGAAGCAUCAGAGGUCCGACUUUUAUGUGAUCUUGAGCAGCCUGAGCCCACUUGGACUGUUAGACAUGUCGGGGGUUCAAUGAGGGGUGCUGGUGCCGAUCAAAUUUCUGUUUUGGUGAGGACAAUGGUAGAGAGCAAAGUAAGCAAAAAUGUGCUUCGCUUAUUUUACUUGCUUGGGUACAAGUUAGACCAUGAGCUACUGAGAGUAGGAUUCGCUUUCCAUUUCCAAAGGAGUGCUCAGAUAACGGUUACAGUCUCUUCAGUUAAUAAGAUGCUAAAGUUGCAUGCCACUGAUGAGGCCGUACCUGUAACACCAGGCAUUCAACUGGUUGAAGUGACGGCACCUGCAUCCGCUGAAAACUACAAUGAAGUUGCAGCAGCAGUCUCAUCAUUUUGUGAAUAUCUUGCACCGCUGCUGCAUUUAUCGAAGCCUGGUGUUUCAACAGGAGUCGUUCCAACUGCUGCUGCAGCUGCUGCAUCUCUCAUGUCGUAUGGUGGAACUACGAUUAUGUAGCCAAUGUCGCUUGGUUUAAUUCUUUUCUUUCGUUGUGACAAUUUAGGUUGUUCAAUUAGACUAUUGUACACUGAUAAUUUGGUUUAUAAAUUUGGAUCAGGUUUGUCUCU